CUAUUCUGUCGGGCAAUUACCCACACGUGACCUAUUCUAUUCUCUCUUUCCCCUCCUCUUCCCUUACUUCGCCGCCGCCGUCCUCCGGAAUAAGUGCUGCUUUCCAACGUUCUCUAAACCAAAACUAUUCCCCAUCCCUCGCUCCCUCCAAAGUCUUCAACGCCCCAACCCCAAAACCCAAAAACAAAACAAGAAUCCGAGCUUUCCCUCCCUUCUCCUCGGCGAUGGCGGCUCUAAACCGCCUGUUGAGAGCCGGCGCCGCCGUCCGUCUGCCGACCGCGGCGGCGAGGAGGUGCAUCUUGUCGCUGGCCUUCUCUGGGGGUGAUGCCCGCCAGGGGAUGCCGGGGAGGAGGGAUCCCGUGAGCCGGAACGUGCAGUGGGUGUUCCUCGGGUGCCCUGGCGUGGGGAAGGGCACCUACGCUAGCCGCCUCUCCCAGCUCCUCGGUGUCCCCCACAUCGCCACCGGCGAUCUUGUCCGCGAGGAGCUCGCAUCUUCCGGCCCCCUCGCCCCACAGCUUGCUGAUAUCGUAAAUCAGGGCAAAUUGGUGUCAGAUGAGAUCAUCAUAAAUUUGUUGUCUAAACGUCUUGAAAAUGCAGAAGCUAAUGGUGAAUCAGGAUUCAUUCUUGAUGGUUUUCCACGAACAAUAAGACAAGCGGAAAUACUGGAGGGAGUGACAGACAUUGACCUGGUUGUGAACCUUAAGCUUAGAGAAGAUGUACUGCUUGCGAAGUGCCUAGGUAGAAGGAUCUGCGGCCAGUGUGGAAAGAACUUCAAUGUCGCCUCCAUCAAUGUCAAGGGUGAGAAUGGGAGACCUGGUAUAUUCAUGGCCCCACUUCCACCUCCUGCACAGUGCAUGUCAAAGCUAGUUACUCGAGCUGAUGAUACUGAAGAGGUGGUAAAAGAGCGUUUACGUAUAUACAAUGAAACGAGCCAACCAGUCGAGGAGUUCUACCGCAGCCGAGGGAAGCUCUUGGAGUUUGAUUUGCCAGGAGGCAUCCCAGAGUCUUGGCCAAAGCUGUUGCAAGUUUUGAAUCUAGAAGACCAUGAUGACAAGCAAUCAGCAGCAGCAUGAUCAUAAGUCAAAGUUCAGAGAUUCUCUGCAUGUUUGUUUUCCAUGCUUUGUGAUUUUUCAAUGAUUUUUUGAAUAAAAUUUCAAACCCAGCCCACCAUUUAUAAAGGGUGCUAAUUGUUUUGCGCAUUAUUUAUUGGAGGAAAGGUGUAAUAUGGAAGUAAUAGGAUGAUUUUUGAUUAUGUUUGCUGAAAAUUUUCAGAUAAACUAAUUUUAUGUAAGUACUAAUUUUGAUCUUACAGGGAUUUGAAUUAAAUUCUUUAUGCUGCACAA